AUGAAGUACGCAUCAUUGAGCUCGGUAGUUUUGUUACUGAUCAAUUUUGGCAUUGGUUGUGCAAUUGCACAACAUUGGGAGAAUGUCGAGUUCACUAGAACCGUAGACUUGUCAAGAUCCUACGUCCACGAAGCCUUGCAACUAACAAUUAGAAAUAUAGGGGAUGAAGCAGACAAUUUAUAUAUGCUUCCAUUCACCGCUGAAGUUGCAGACUCAUUGUCAGCAGUUUCUUGUAUGUUGAAGGAUAAAAAUAUUUUCAUUGAUUGCGCGUUAACCAACCAGUUUGAAGAGCUUCCUAAUGGUCAAAAAUUACAAUAUGGAGCUGUGAAAUUACCUGGUUUGCUUCAGCCUCAAGGAGAAGUUGAAUUGGUCAUCAGUUACAGUUAUAACACCAACCGUUAUCCUGUUCCUGCGCGUAUUGAAAUGAUGGAUGUGCAAACGUUGGUUUUAGAGACCGAGAGUCUUCCCCUUUCUCAAUACCCCACCGAUAAGUUCACAUUAAAUAUCAUUGGAACCAACUCAAUUGAAAAAUUAGAUGAAGAAAAGAGCAAGAACAGCAAGAGAAAAUCUGGUUCGUACAGUUUCACCACCGACGAUGUUACUGAACCAUUCACUUUUGAGAGAUCCAAAUUCUUAUAUGAACAUAAUUUGCCUUUAACAAGAGCAGCAAAUUUGAAUAGAGAAGCAUGGGUUUCCCAUUGGGCCUCAACUAUAGAAUUUAAGGAAGAUUAUGACCUCGUUAAUGAUGCUGCUGAGCUAGCAUCUGGGUUUUCAAGGUCUAAAUUUAUGAUGAAUGGUUUAGGUAAAAAACCAAGUCAUGCUCUAGUAGCGCUUGAUAUGAUCUUGCCAGAAGAUUCUCAUUCUCACUACUACACAGAUUUAGUUGGAAUGGUUUCUACUUCCAAAAUCUUUGCUUCUCAUUAUAUAUUAAAACCAAGAUUUCCAAUUUACGGUGGCUGGAAAUUCAAUUUCACGAUCGGCUGGACUAAUCCUUUAUCCAAUUAUUUAAAGGUUCUUUCUGAUGAAGAAUAUAUUCUCUCAGUUCCUUUGCUACAAGGACCUCAAGACAUUUUCUAUGAUUCGGUCAAUUUAUCUGUCUAUCUUCCUGAAGGUGCAAUGAUUGAAGAGGUACAAGUCCCUGUCAUGAACUAUACCUCAGAUACUUCAUAUGCUCAUUCUUACUUUGAUUUGACUUCUGGCCAUACCAAGGUAACUAUUGAAAUGAAAAACUUGAAUGAGGAGUUGAAAGACGCACCAGUUUUCUUGAAGUAUAGAUACAGCAAAUCUGAAUUGUUGAGAAAGCCAGCAUCGAUUGCCAUUUACGUGUUCGUAGCAUUGUUCAGUUUGUUCUUGAUCAAACAAAUUCAGCUUAUCAUCACAGCUUAA